UAGAAACCAAACCAAAGCAGGAUUUCUGACUUCAUUCUUCUGGGCUUCUCUGAGCAGCCAGAGCAGCAGCCUCUUCUGUUUGGGCUCUUUCUCGGCAUGUACCUGGUGACGAUGUUGGGAAACUUGCUCAUCAUCCUGGCCAUCAGCUCUGACACACACCUCCAUACACCCAUGUACUUCUUCCUGGCCAACCUGUCCUUCAUCGAUACCUGCUUCACCUGCACCAUUGUGCCCAAGGUGCUAGAGAACAUCCAGACACAGCAUCACACCAUCUCCUACACUGGUUGCCUGGUGCAAAUGUACGUCUUCAUGGCAUUGACAUUGCUGGAUGACUUUCUGUUGGCCGUGAUGGCAUAUGACCGCUACGUGGCCAUCUGCCUUCCUCUCCACUACACCAUGACCAUGCAGCCACAACGCUGCCUGUUGCUGGUGGCCACGUCCUGGCUCUGCUCUCAAUUCCUUGCCUUUUCACUCACUCUCCAAAUGGCUCAAUUCUCUUUCUGUGCCUCUCACUCAAUCCCACACUUUUUCUGUGAUCUUAUCCCGCUCCUCAAGCUCGCCUGUUCAGACACUCAUAUCUUUCAGGCUACGAUGUUCAUUGAAGCAGCCCUCUCAGGUGUGGUCCCUCUCACCUGUGUCCUGGUCUCUUAUGCCUACAUCAUCCACACCAUCCUCAGGGUCUCCUCUGCUGGGGGGAAGUACAAAGUCUUUUCUACCUGUGGCUGUCAUCUAACAAUGGUCACUCUCUUCUAUGGGACUCUCUUUCUUGUCUAUUUUCAGCCAUCAUCCUCCUACUCAGCAGAUACUGGAAUGUUGGCAUCUGUGAUAUACACUAUGGUCACCCCCAUGUUGAACCCCUUUAUCUACUGCCUGAGGAACAGGGACAUGAAGGAUGCUUUGUGGAAACUCCUUGGCUGGGGAAAAUGCUCUACUCUAUAA